GACAUUGUGUGGUGUCGUGGUGAUCAGGAGGAGGGUCUGGGGAGACUGCUCACACAAUCGCCCUGCCCCCCUGUUCAUUUCCUUCUCCAACACCUCCGAUGUCUUCGCGAUAAAGAGUUUUGUUGUAUUGAUAGAUUUUAUCGCUUCAGACCGUCUAGAAACAUGGCUGAAUAUGUUGCCGAUAAACUUGACGCUGCAAGACAUUCAAUAACAGGCUCAAAUGUUUCAAAAAUCGUUUGCAAGGCUUCGAGUCGUGAAACGUUUGGACCGAAGAAAAAGCACUUGGAUUAUCUUAUAACUUGCACUCAAUCCGACUACGUAUCAGUGCCUAGUUUAGCCGAAUUGCUUUUCGAAAGAAGCCGAAUGUCGAGCUGGGUUAUCGUUUCAAAAUCUCUUGUCACUUUUCAUACCUUGAUGUCAUCAGGAAAUGAGAGAUUUCUCCAAUAUCUUGCAUCACGAACUGUUCUAUGGAAUCUUGAAAACUUCCUGGACAAAUCUGGAGUUAGAGGAUAUGAUAUGUCCACAUUUAUACGUCGUUAUUCCAUGUACCUCACCAAGAAAGCUCACGUAUAUGCUGAUGCUGGUUAUGAUUUUUGUCGAAUCCCUCGAGGUAAAAAUGGGACAAUUAGAAAAAUGGACUCUCCCAAGCUUUUGAAAGCGUUACCACAGAUUCAGCAACAAAUUGAUUCGUUAUUGGAGGUUGAUGUUAAGUCAGUAGAGUUAGCAAAUGGCAUCAUCAAUAGUGCUUUUGUAGUACUUUUCAAGGAUUUGGUGAAGCUAUUUGCUUGCUACAAUGAUGGAAUGAUAAAUUUAUUGGAAAAAUAUUUUGAAAUGAACAAGAAGAAUUGCAAGGAGGCUCUCGAAAUCUACAGGAAAUUUCUUUCUCGUAUGGACAGCGUGAAUGAUUUUAUGAAAAUUGCUGAGGAAGUUGGAAUUAGUCCGUCAGAUGUUCCCGACCUUAAUAAGGCACCUGCUAGUCUUUUGGAAGCAUUGGAAAGUCAUUAUCACAGUCUGGAGAAAGGAAAAGCUCCUGUCACAUCUUCAAAACGUCAAACACUUCAGCCAAUCACAGUACCGCAAAUAACAACAGAAAGCUUGAAUAAUCCAAUCAAAUUUGAGGAGUACGGAAAGGAAGAUUUAAUAAAGGAAGAGGAAGAAAGGUUGAAAUCAUUUAAGGAGACUAGAGUGACCGAGCAGAUGCUCCAGGCAGCACCAACACGACAACCUCCAUCCAGUAGGCAAGACGCAUGGAGCUCAGCAUUCGACGGAAACUUAAGUUCCAAUCAAGUUAAUAAUCAAAACAUCACUAACAAUAAUAAUGAUUUGCUUGAGUUGCACCAAGUCUUCGCCCCAAAGCCUGCCGAUCCAUUUACUGCAAACUUCGAUCAGAGUUCAGCUUUUCCAACAUCUUCUGGACAAACUGCAGGAUUUGGAAGCACUCAACCAAGCCCCUGGAGUCCUGGGCCUGCCCAGACAACACAGCCUGGAGGAGACUUCUUUGCUGGUAACUUAGCAACAGGUAACCAAAGUGAGGUGCUUCAACCAAUGAACAAACAACCAGUAAAUACUGUUCAUGCACCAAUCCAACCAAGUAAAGGAGAUCUAGAUACAAGUCUUGGCAAGGUGGCAAUGUCGAUUGAUAAUCUGAAUGUCUCUGGAAUUAGACCCGCACCAGGAAUGUCUGGUAGGGUCCAUCAGUGGACCGCACCUAGGCCUACAGUUAAGACGGGGGGUGCCAACUUUCAAAUGAGCUCGACUUUAGGCCCCACCUUGCCACCGACUGGAGUACCAACGCAAUCUGCAGUCCGUCCACCUUACGGUCAGCAAGGAAUGUAUGCCCCUCAACCACUGAUGUACGGCCAGCCGCCCAUGAUGCAACAGCCUGUCAUGCAGGCGAAUCUAUUCCCUCAACAACAAUCAAACUCUUUUGUUAAUGAUCCUUUUGGAGCACCUGUGCCCAAUAAUCAACCGUUGUUCUGAAAAGUGUGAACUAUACUUUUACGUAGAUUAAUUUAGUAGUCUUAGCAAUCAUUCCAAUGUCAUUUCCAACACGCACGAUUUUCAAUAUGGCCUUUUCUAGGCUUAUGCACUAUUGUCCAGGCUUCCUGUUUACUCGCUCGCAUGUAUGCCGAGUGAGAUCUUUUCGGAUUGUUGAAAGGUUUGAAACAGCGGGGGAAUUCGUGUCAAAUGAAAACACUGUCUGCAAUGUUGGACUACAUUGUUGUGUUAUGUUGUUCAUUGCACUUUAAAUUGUCACUGUAUAAUUGUGCGUGGGAUGUAAUCUCUGAAAUUAUCGUAGUGAAGUGGACUAGUCCCCACUUGUCCGUUAAAAUGUAAUUAACGUGCGUAAUUUUCUGUCUAUGGACAGCUUUGGACUUUACUCUGCAGGUUUCAGAAUUGGUUGUUUACUGACAGAAGCUUGUUGUUCAUAUUGACAAUUUUAGCGCGGCAUACCUGCGCGUGGUGUCUCACUAUUCUUUUCAGAAUUAUAUUUGCAUUUCGUGCGCAAAA